UUCCAGCAAAUAUCGUGGGUCCGCCGAAGAGACUGGCAUAUUUUAUCAUCAGGAGUUUACACUUACACCAAUGACGAAAGAUUUCAAAUACUUCACUCGGAAGGUUCAGAUGAUUGGAUUUUACAAAUAAAAUUUGUCCAGAGAAGGGACAAUGGCACCUAUGCCUGUCAGAUUUCAAGUAACAACGGCUUAAUAUUUCAUUUUGUAAAUCUGCAAAUUGUAGUGCCAAAAGCGAGUAUCCAGGGUACGGAAUCCGGUGAACAUCACGUAGAUAGAGGAAGUGUUAUCAACUUGAUAUGCAUUAUUGAUAAGAGUCCCACUCCUCCCCAAUACGUGUUUUGGUAUCACAACAACAAUAUGAUAAACUACGAUACUUCCAGAGGCGGUAUAAGCGUUGAAACCGAACCUGGACCCCGUACUAAGAGCCGGCUAACCAUUGUUGACACUCACGAAGCUGAUUCCGGAAACUACACUUGUUCAGCAUCCAAUACCGAGCCUGCGUCAAUAUUUGUUUACGUUUCCGAAGGAGAUAAUGUGGACGCAAUACUAAUGCGAAAAUCAUGUGGAAAAUGCAUCGCCAGCCAGCUGUUCUUUCUUCUAUCAGCAGGGAUUAUAGCGGCCGUACGAUAGAACUUGUGAUUAUUUAAGUGAAGUGAAAAAUGCAUCAUCAAACUAACUUUGUUGGAACUUUACUGAAAAGAACAUCAUCUUCGUUUUGUACAUACUUAAAUAUGAUAAAUGAAAAUUGCAAUCGAAACUCGAAGAGGAUUCUAAAUAAAUAAAUCGAUGGACACUGUUAAUUGUAAUGUUAAGAAAAAUUCUGCAACGUAUUGCCCUAAUAGUAUUUGCUGGAAAUCCGAUCGGAUCUUUUAAUUAAUUAACUUUUAAAAAAACAACACUUACCUGUUUUUAGUGUGUAUAGUUCUUAUAAUAAAUAAUUCCGUGACUAGACUCUAAGUAUGUACCUAAAUUAACAUAAUAAUAAUAAUAUUAAUAAUGAUGUUAAUUAAUUAAUCAUGAUACGUAAAAUUAGAUGUUGUUGUAAACUGAUUUCUUGCACAUCGUCCUCAUCAGUUUUUCGCAAAUUCUGAUAGCACACAAUCGAAUCGAACAAUAUCCACGUGAAACCCUCUAAUAAAAAAACAAUGGAAAAUGUGUUAAUGUUGCAUUUUCGCCCCCCUGAUGUUGUAAUGAAAAUUGUGAUGUUGAAUUUUAUUGUUUAUGUUCAAUUAAUUUUUUAUUGUUACACAGUACCAUCUGAUCUGUUAUAAUAAUGUUUGUUUAAAAUAAAAUUUCUCAAACCAU